AGUAUUACAUCACCCAACGCAGUGACGAUCUGGAAGAACACGGUAGGCAUCGCGGGCAGCGCGUCGCCGUUCCAAUAGUCUCCUAUAAGCAAACCCUAUCGGCAGGAAGAUAAUCUGAUCUUGUAACAAAUAAAAUAAACAAAUAGUCGGAUGGUCAUUGUAUGUGAAAUUUGGGGACAAGGGAUCGACUGUAUGAGCCUGAGGAAACACACAGCGUUUGCGCAACCUUUACUUAUAAGAUGUUCGCCAGACUCCAAUCUGCCCUAGGCAUACCAUUUAGGAUGAAGAGUCUAGUUUUUGCGACCACCGACAGCCGAGAACUUGCGCAACAGUUGACUCUGCCCUCGGGAGCAAUACGAGAAGCUGAGGGAAGUUAUGCAGAAGACAGGUCUUCCCCGCUGGUAGUGCGUGUAUUGAAGGAUUUUGGCUGAGAAGAGGGAGUUGCGAAUCGGAAUUUUGACUUGUACGAAUGAGUAUAUCACGGAGAUGAGCUUU